CGGAGUACCUGUCCUUCUGUUGGUAAGACCGGGGAGUUAGCUCCGUAUCUCGGAGAGAGUACAGUGAUUCUUGGGUUGUAACACGUUAUUUGGAGAUUUAGUCUGACAACUUUGUAUCACCAAUACGCCAACUUUAAGCUUUCGUCGGCUUUAUGAGAUAAGUUGAUUUAUUGAACAUUUCGACUCUCCGGCAUACGUUUUAGUAUCAGAUUAAGAGGAGACAUUUAAAAAUAUAAAAGUGGACAUACAUUUGAUCAAAGUUAAUUCUUAGAAAAAACAUCAACACGACCGGGUGUUAUACAACACGGCGUAAUGUAUUGUAGCAAGAUGUGUAGACAUAACAAAUAACUUGUGCUGGACUGAGGACGAAUCGUCGUCUGAGAAGCACUACCGACGGCUGUAUUUGGCUUGCUAUAUUUACGAAGGAGAUGGUCUGUUAGAUUCCCUCUUUAAUACAGGGAAAUGCAUAAAAGUUAGUGAUCUGGAUUACAUUCUGAAGUUUGUCGCAGUUUAUGUGUUAUAAAGAGAGGAGCUGGACCCGUGAGGUAUGAAGCCGGGACAACAACAGACCAAGGUUCUGUAACUCGACACCAGCACCGUGCAAACCGAGCUCUCGUCUGCUACCUCCCGCCUUUUUGAACCCAGACAUAUUCUACUGAUGCGGAUGGGUUAUCUGUGCACUGGAACAUCCUGGGAUAUACGUAGCCACGGGGGAGUAGAAUCAAGGAGUAGGAGGAAUAGUACACGUUACAUUGAUACAACGUAACACCGUAACGACGAAACAAUCAGGCAUGGAUGUGAACAUUCUAACGAUGCUGGGAAGCGCAUCGAGAAACACAAAUUGAUAGCAGUAUUUGUGAAAGUUGAAAAUCAACAGUUACAAAAAGAACUUGGAUAAACAUGAGUCGAAGGGCGAGUUUAUACGCCAAGCAGAACCCGGGGAAAUCACGACCAAAAGUCCAUUUCCCGGACGAACUGGUGUUUCUGGAUAAUAUUAAGGAAAAUGACAUACAGGGUUUGAAUACCAUGUUACGUCGGGCAAGUUUACAAGUGGAUAUUAGCGGUAUCAACGACGCAGGUCUGACCCCGUUACACCAAGCGGUACUGGACGGAAACAUGAUGGCCGUUCGUCUGCUCAUCGAGCAUGGCGCCAAUGUAAACAAACAAGACGAGGACAGUUGGUCUCCAUUACACGCCGCAUGCGCAGAGGGACACGCCGAUAUUGCGAAACUGCUUCUUCAACACGGGGCUAAGAAGGACUUGUUAACAGAAGACGGAGAGCGCCCCCUGGAUCUAGUAGAACCUACAGACUUCCCAACCAUUAAAGUUAUGUUAGGGCAGGGUAAAGGCAACGCCUCUCCCCCACCGCCGGACUUGGGAUCAGAUGACAGCGAGGAAGAAUCAGACGAUGACAAGUAGUAAUUGUGUGAUGUGUUGAAAGAUUCUGUUGAAAGGUCAUAAAAAGGUCUAGUUUGGCACGCCUAACAAAUUCCGUGAAUCCUCGCAAAUCUUACGGGAUUGUGUUAACGAAAAUGAAUGACGACAUAUACAUUAAAGCUAAUUGUCCUGAGUAAUAUUGAUGACAAAACGAGCGUUGCAUUAGGAAACCAAUUGACAUCCCACCAAUGUUCGUGUCGCAUACGUUUGCACAGGAUUUAAAUGGAACUUCCUGCCAUUAAUCAUUGCCAAACCGCCCAUAUAUAUGAGGAAAGAAAGCGUGUAAGACCAAACAGAGACCAUGCCAUUUUAUAAAUACAUUGCGUGUUUGUGCCGUACUGUUAGUGUUGUGCUCGUCCAUUACAGUUAGAUGUUUUUAUCCCAGCAUCAACAAACCAGUCAGAACUCAGGGUAAAACAUCCGGUCUAAACAACCAGUACAUUAUUUCCAACAAAGGACAGCUGAGUGCAAUCUCUCCCAGAAUGCAAUGUCGCCCCAUCCCGUAGCGUAGGAAAACGGUGGGAGAGAUUGCGCUAUGGUGAAGCUCUAGCGAGUUGUCUCCCUUGAACAUCAACUACGGGAUCGUGUUGCGUGAAGAACAGUCCAAUGACCUAUAAUAUAUUCGUAAGAUACACGUCAUUGUUUCACAACUACAAACUUGGACCGAAUUAUAAUUGUGACAGUGGUUUCCGAUGAAGUCGACUCGACAGUUUCAAUGGGAAGGGAAGGGCUAACUCAACACGUGUUUAUCGUAACUGUUACUUAAUUUUGCACCAGCGGACAUUUUUAAAUCACCAGUCACAUUUCUACAAACCGACCGAGACAUCGAACGUCCACCCCUCACCUGUUGUUGUGCGCAUGCCUGCUAGCCAUUAUACAGAAAUUGUCUGUUAAAUAAACAUGUAUAAAAUAUUUGUUUUCCAUUUGUAAUAAAUAUUAAAUGUUUUGACAA